AUGUCAGGUGAAAGGGCGAAAGAAGUACAUGAUGUGUCAAUACUUUUCGACGAGACAAAGGAGUUAAUUGAACAGAUGUCUCUGGAAGUUCAGGAAAUGCGAUCUGACAUCCGUCCCAAAUUUCAAAAUAGGCUUGAGUGUUACCGAAAAGAAUUAGGAAAACUCACGACAGAAUUCCGGCGACCGCGGUAUGCCGUUCGGCGCCCUGACCAUAAGGAUUCAUGCGGUUCCGAUGAUGAGGACAAUUUACACGAAGAGGUUUUGUUUGAUACAGAUAUGAGAGCUCAACUUCUGAGCAACACUGAACGAAUAUCUCGGACUACUACCAAAUUGGAAGAUGGUGUGCGAGUUGCUUUGGAAACAGAAGAAGUAGGUGGUCAUAUACUACAAGACUUAAGCGAGCAACGAGAAAAACUUCAAAGAAGUAGAGACAGGCUUCGUCAGGCAGAUUCUGAUCUGAAAAAGAGCUCUCGAAUACUUUCAGUAAUGACUCGCAGAAUUCUUCAAAACAAAUUCCUUCUAAUCACUGUGAUAUUUCUGAUUGUGUUAAUAUUUUUCUUAACCAUAUAUCUGGUCACCCGUCGUGCGACAACACACGCGAACUCGUCUUCUGCUACAAUAAACUCAUCUCACCCAUGA